GCCAUUCGCACUUUUUGCGACCGCCGAGUCACAAAAUCAGUGCUGGAGCACAGAUGACCCAUGUUGGUAACUCACUCGGUGGUCUGAUGUUCAAGGUCAUUUACUUACCCAGUAACGCUGAUCCAGUACUGAUCCUACAGGACACAGGUAACCUUUCAAUCGGUUGUCUGAUAUUAAAACCACUCGCUGAUCUAGCGAUCGUUGGGCUUGUAGGAUGGAAAUCCGGUGGAAAACAGGAUUAUGUCAAAAUAUUAUUGAUUGAAUCUUGUUUUCAAAAGGGAAAUAAACCUGAUCAACAACGCGUCAAGGAUUGGAAAAAAACAC